AUGGCGGACAGCGACACGGAAUUGGCCAAAGACGAGGAGAGCGAUGAGGCGCUGGAUGCACGGCCGAAGUGGGAGCUGACGCCUCGGCAGCAGCUGCGGGUGGCCCAGUUCCGGCGCCUCAAAGGCAACGCGCAGCUCCGGGAGAAGCGGCCCCAGGAGGCCUUCACCUUCUACAAGAACGCCUUGUUCAUGGUGGAGUUCGAUGAGGACUUUGAAGAGGCGGACGUAGCGCUGGAGGAGGUGCACGCCGAGCGCGUGAAGUGCUUGGCCAACCUGGCCGCUGCCGCGCUCUCUGCGCUGGCCGAGACGGGCGACAACCCCAGCGAAGACAACUUCGCAGGCAAGGCAAAGAGAUACUCGCAGAGAGCGCUCAAGCUGAACCCUGCAGACGCAAGGGUGUGGUUCCGCCGAGGCCGCGCCGAGCUGCUGCUGGGCGACCCAGACGCGGCGCUGCGGAGCUUCGCGGAGGCCAACCGCCUCUCGCCGCAAGACCCCGAAGUGCGGAGGUGCUUGCAGGAGGUGCAGGCGACGGUGCAGAGCGCCAGAACCGCGCAGCGCCAAGUGGAGCGCACCAUGGCCAAGGCGGCCGUGGCAGAAGCGCCGAAAGCUGCGGCCAAGCCCGCGGCGCCGCGACUUGGCUUCAGCCCGAAAGAUAAGUUUCUGCGGGGACAGUGGCUGCACUGA